UUUUGUCAUUUCCCACUGUUGAACUGUUGGUCAAACACAGACAGAGACAUCUGUCUGCAACAUGGAUUUAUUUUACCUACUGAGCUGAAGAACAUGGAUAUCCAAGAAGAUAACGGAGAUUCAAAAGACCUACCCCUGCAGGCCCAGGUCUGCUCCGCUCUCCCGAAAAAGCACUCGCUUUGGAAGAGAAAUAAGGGUUUCUUCAUAAAGAAAUUCGAAAGCACAAAAAGCAAAGGUGAGUCUCUGAGUAAAGAGGAGUCUGAUGAGUUUUUGUCCACAAGAGACAAGGAACCCAAACUGGACCGCUCUGAUAUGAAUGAUAAGUUAAAGGAUACAUUCAAUGACUCAAAGAGCGAAGGCGGAUCCGACAGUAAAGACCUCGACUGGAAGCAGGGCGAGUCUGAUGAGGAGGCGUCGACUACAAGAGACAACGGACCCGACAGCUCUAAUGUAAAUGAUGAGUUAAAGGACACAUUCAGCUUGCAGGAACCAGACGAUGACUCAAAAAGCGAAGGUGAUUACAUCAGAAAAGACCUCAAGAGCAAGCAGGGGGGGUCUGAUGAUGACGCUGAGAGCGAAAGCGAAUCAGAGAAUGAAGAGUUAAACAGUCAAGUCGUCUCCGAUGGAUCAGAUAACGACUCCGAGUCCCCCAAUGUUGCUCUCGGCUGGGAGGGGUGGGAGUUGAAUGAUUUAUUUGUCACCGAUGGAUCACAAACUCACGCUGAAAGCGGAGCCGGUUCCACCGAUAACAUCGACUGGAAGUGGUGGGGGCUAGAUGGGGAGUUCAGGGGUUUAUGCAGCUUUCUCCAAGGCGAGUCCCUCAAUGACGUGUACAAGAAGCAGGGGGAGUCGGAUGAGAAGAUGGCAACUACCGGUGACACCAAACACCAGUCGGAUAGCUCUGAUGUGAAAAUGGACGAGUAGACAGCCUACCGGGCCUUCAAAUUCUGCAGUUCAUUUUGACUUCAGAGGCCAAACUAUGAUAUUUGU